GCAAAUUUUGUGAAGCCAUGGUUCAUCGGGCCCAGCCAGUAUAUAUUGGUGGUGAUCGGAAAGAAAGUCACAGGAAAAAAGUCACAAUAACAGGCCUACCAUACAAACGACAAUUCAUCAAGUAUGGCAACACAUGCAUUGUAGUGCAUGAACCUGCCAGCAGCAAGCCAACAUGGGGAUCCGGGGACUGUUGUCGUACUGUCGAGAAGACAUCUCUGCAUGUGCUGACACCAUCGACCUGGUCGAGGUCGCACGGCACAGGGAUGGAAUUACAAUUCUUGUCGACUUUUUCUCCUUUGAACACCUCAUCCUGGAACAAUUCUGGCGUGGUCUCUCAGACAUGUGUCACAACCCUUACCUCCAGUUUGAUGGGGGUGAAUACCAGACCCUUGACUCCUACCUGUCAAAGUUCAUAAAUGAUUUAAAAAGUUUAGGAAUUGAACUUGUGUUCUAUGUGGAUGGUGCCAAGGGAAGUUCAUAUGAGGGAACUAAGCAGAAGCUUGAAACGUGGAAGCAUCGGCACAUGCAGAACGUUCAGAACCUGAGAGAGAUCAUGGACAUGUGUCGGGGGUGUUUCCUGUUGAGCAGCUUCACCGUGAGGCUCGUAUGCUGCCUGUGCUGUUAGAGAUCCAGUUUACAAAUACCCUGAAAGCUUGUGGG